AUGAGUCCUAAAAAUUGGACUCAGGUGACAGAGAUUGUCCUUCUGGGCUUCCCUGGCAGCUAUAUCCUGCAGUUCCUGUUAUUCCUGGGGUUGAUGGUGACCUACAUUGUAACAGCCACAGGCAACCUGUUAAUUAUUGUGCUGAGCUUGGUUGACAGAUGCAUGCACACACAGAUGUAUCUCAUCCUGCAAAACCCGUCCUCUCUGGAGCUGUUGUUUGUGUCAGUUGUAGUUCCCAAGAUGCUUGUCAUUAUACUUAGAAGGGAUCACAGCAUCUUAUUUGCUUGCUGCAUCAUCCAGUCCUACCUCUACUUCUUCUUAGGCACCAAUGACUUCUUCCUCUUGGCUUUCAUGUCUCUGGAUCGUUACUUAGCAAUAUGUAGACCACCGACGCUGAUGAGUGGUCAUGCCUGUUCCUGACUAGUGCUAGUCUCCUGGCUAGCUGGAUUCCUCUGGGUCCUUUGUUUCACUGUUCUCAUGUCCAGCCUAUCUUAAUGUGGUCCCAACUGCAUUGACCACUUCUUUUGUGACAGUUAGCCCUUGCUGAGGCUUUCCUGUGGAAAUAUAUGAUUGCCAGAGCUGGUGGCUUUCAUGCUCUCUACAGUGUUACUUGGCUCUCUAGGAAUGACAUCAGUUUCCUCUGCCUGCAUUCUGGCCACAAUUCUCAGGUCCACCACAGCUGGUGAACAGAGGAAAGCCUUAUCUACUUGUGCCUCACAUCUUACAGUGGUGAUCAUUGCCUACGGCAGUUCCAUCUUCCUUUACAUCCACUUGUCAGAGACCCAGUCCUUAUUGUUCAACAAAGGGGCCUCUGUCCUGAGCUGCAUUGUCACCCCCCUCCUGAACCCAUUCAUCUUCACUCUCUGAAAUGACAAGGUGAAGAAGGCCCUGAGAGGCAUCCUGUGGUGGCAUGGACUCACUGCUGCUAGGAGACUAUGA